AUGUGCGAUGAGCCUAAAAUAGACAAUAGUACCCAAGAACCAAUGAAUUGCACAAAUCACACAGCAUAUGUUCAGUGUCUGCCAGCACCAAAUAUUACUUGCAAAGAUCACCUUGGUGUAGAAAAAGUCUUUACAGGACAUGAAGUUGGAUUUUACAAGCCUAUUGCAUGUCGCAAUGUCAAUGGAUACUCAUACAAAGUGGCAGUGGCUCUGUCCUUAUUUCUUGGAUGGCUGGGAGCAGAUAGAUUUUAUUUAGGUUAUCCUGCAUUAGGUUUGUUGAAGUUCUGCACUGUAGGAUUUUGUGGAAUAGGGAGCCUAAUUGAUUUCAUACUUAUUUCAAUGCAGAUUGUUGGACCUUCGGAUGGCUCUAGUUACAUUAUAGAUUACUAUGGAGCAAGGCUUACAAGGCUCACUAUUACCAAUGCCACAUUCAGGAAAAUGCAGACCUAUCCUUAACCCUGGCAAGUCUUCUUCAAAGUUCCUUGGAUUUACCAUAGGGAAAACAUGGCGAGAACAUGUAAGAGGAGAUCACUGCCUUCAAAGAACUGACUGAGUGUUCACCUUGAUCCUGACAAGGCUGCCCACCAUAUGGAUUGUGUUGGCAGAGGCAGAAGCCUGGGGAAUGCAGAGGUGGGGGGUAAUUUUUAGGGCUUUCAUUCCAUGGUCCCAUUGAUGAUAACCCUAUUAAGAGGAUGAUGCAUGCGACUUUUAAGUUAUUUUGUUAACUAAGUCUAAGCAAUGGAUGUGUCAUGCUAACAAACAGAAUUGCUGGUGUGUCUAAUACAGUAUGUAAGUACAGUAUAGUGAAUUUAAAAGGUUGUGGUAAUCCAAGAAUGUUAGAAGGGAAAUGCGUGCUGGGGGGGGGGGAGUGUGUGGGGGUUGGGGAGAAAAACGACUUACUUGACAUUCCCUGUCUUCCUCCCAGCUCCUUUGCUAAAGUAGGAACAGAAUCGGAACAAAAAAAUGUUUGUUUUACAGCUGUACCAAGUUACGGCGUGGACUCGUGCUCCCCCCCUCCUCUCCCACUUGCAUCAAGUACAUCC